AUGAGAUGGAAGGCAAGACGAAAAGGCGAGGAGAUCACCAAUGAGCCACUUUUUACCGAGGAUGAGGACGAACAGCGGAAGGAACAAUGGAGUUACGUGGAAAGCAUGUACUUCACGUUCAUUAGUAUUCUUACCGUAGGUUUUGGAGAUUUCCGACCGUCAUCAAACAAUCCUGACCACAUUAAGCUGGUGAUAGCAACCUUCCAGAAAUUGAACAAUUUGAUUGUAAUUGAAAUUAUAGGUGGUGUGGUUCUGACGACGAUGUGUAUGGACGUUGUUGGUCGGAUGUAUCUGAAGGAAAUCCAUUAUCUUGGUCGAAAGCUCAAGAGUAGCAAUCCAUUCUACCUGAUAAGAGAAGCGAAAGCACGGUAUUUACUGCCACAAUGCGUAAUUUUUGCAUAUUAG